GGGCGGCCGGCCGAGUUUUCCAAGAGUUAGCUUCACCAAGAUGUCCAGUGAUAGGCAAAGGUCCGAUGAUGAGAGCCCCAGCACCAGCAGUGGCAGUUCAGAUGCGGACCAGCGAGACCCAGCCGCUCCAGAGCCUGAAGAACAAGAGGAAAGAAAACCUUCUGCCACCCAGCAGAAGAAAAACACCAAACUCUCUAGCAAAACCACUGCUAAGUUAUCCACUAGUGCUAAAAGAAUUCAGAAGGAGCAAGCUGAAAUAACCCUUGAUCCUCCUCCUAAUUGCAGUGCUGGGCCUAAAGGAGAUAACAUUUGUGAAUGGAGAUCAACUGUACUUGGUCCACUGGGUUCUGUAUAUGAAGGUGGUGUGUUUUUUCUGGAUAUCACAUUUUCAUCAGAUUAUCCAUUUAAGCCACCAAAGGUUACUUUCCGCACCAGAAUCUAUCACUGCAACAUCAACAGUCAGGGAGUCAUCUGUCUGGACAUCCUUAAAGACAGCUGGAGUCCCGCUUUGACUAUUUCAAAGGUUUUGCUGUCUAUUUGUUCCCUUUUAAUGGACUGCAACCCUGUGGAUCCUCUGGUUGGAAGCAUAGCCACUCAGUAUUUGACCAACAGAGCAGAACACGACAGGAUAGCCAGACAGAGGACCAAGAGAUACGCAACAUAAUUCACAUAAUUUGUAUGCAGUGUGAAGGAGCAGAAGGCAUCUUCUCACUGUGCUGCAAAUCUUUACAGUCUUUACAAUACGGACUUCUGUGUAUAUGUUAUACUGAUUCUACUCUGCUUUUAUCCUUUGGAGCCUGGGAGACUCCCCACAAAGGUAAAUGCUAUCAAGAGUAGAACUUUGUAGCUGUAGAUUAGUUAUGUUGAAAACGCCUACUUGCAAGUCUUGCUUCUUUGGGAUAUCAAAAUGUAUUUUGUGAUGUACUAAGGAUACUGGUCCUGAAGUCUACCAAAUAUUAUAGUGCGUUUUAGCCUAAUUCAUUAUCUGUAUGAACUUAUAAAAGUAGCUGUAGAUGACUAGGAAUUAUGUCAUUUGUAUUAAACCCAGAUCUAUUUCUGAGUAUGUGGUUCAUGCUGUUGUGAAAAAUGUUUUACCUUUUACCUUUGUCAGUUUGUAAUGAGAGGAUUUCGUUUUAGCCUUUGUAGCUCAGAGAGCAUCGGAUGUAUCAUCUCAAACACAAUAAACAUGCUCCUGA